CAAGUAUAUAUGGAAUAUAACAUACGUUCCAACGAUAAUGAUGUAAAUGAUAUUAUUUUAACAUCUUUAAAAGAUUUAGACAACAUUUUUUUUGUUGAACAUUCAGAUUCAGAAAAUGAAAAAGAUAAUGAAAAAUUAGACAAUGAAGAAUUAAAAUAUGGUCUCGAAGAAUGUGUACAUGGUAAUACUAGUAGAGCUCCAAAAAAUAUGAAUCGUAUUGAGUUGAGUUAUGAUAUAGCAUGUGAUGUUUAUCAAUUUUUAAAAAAUUACUCUAAUAUAUAUGGAAUGCCUUCGCCUGGACGACAUUUCAGUAAAAUUUCUAUGCCAAUUGUAUUUAUUCCAACUAGCUACACUUAUGCUUCAGUAUAUCAUGAUUAUGUACGGGCUUAUAAAGAUAAGCAUGGAGAAGAUACUCGUGUUAUAGCUGAAUUUAUCUUUAUCAAUAUCUGGAAAGCUUUAAUACUAUCACUUCAAUUUAUGUCUCCAAAAUUCGAUUUGUGUGAAACUUGUGAAACAAUGAAAAUAGACAUUCAGCAUGCUACACAAUAUGAAAAAAAAGUAGAACUUACGGAAAGUUAUAUAGCUCAUUUGAACCGUGCACAACAAGAACGUGAUUACUAUAAUAACAAUAUAAUAAGUGCAGUUGAAGAUGGUAAACGUAACCCAAACCUUACUGAAGCUCCUAUAUUAUUUAAAACAUUCGAUGAAGAUGAGUACAAAAGUAAUACGAUUCACUCUUUCAUUUUUGAUGUUAAUACAUUACUUCCUAUAAUUAGUACUAGACCGCUUUCUUUAAAAAGACAGGAAGAACUAUAUAAGGAAAUUGUACCCUAUGUAGAUAUUCCCUUCUGUGAUAUUACUUGCCCUAAACCUAAUAGAAUCGACGAAAAUUUAUCUGAAACAUAA